AUGAGAGAUAUCCAGGCCAGAUUUGCAAACUACCACUCAGAUACCCCAGCCAGAUACACCGACAGAUAUCCUUCAACACAUCCAGUGUUUCAAGGCACAGCAAAGCGAGCCACCAGAACCAUGUCUGGCUUCGCUAAACACACGUCAAUGAGAAAAGCGAUUGCCCAAAACCAGCUCAAGAUGCAUGUUCAGACCCAGGACUUUGGAAUUGCUGUAAUCCGGAACGUGCGAGUUCAUCAGACCCAGGACACUGUCAUGUCCAAGACCCGCGACUUUCUCGUCUGGUUCGACGAAGUGUGGGAGGGAGCAGACAAGUGGAGGUUCGAUGAUAACUGGAAGGAGUUUGACGACUCUUGGGGCCAGUACACGGAGCACCGUCUUCUCCUUCGUGUGAGGUGA